GCCCUACCAUUCGACUGACGUGCCCAGAUCGUCCUUCGACACCUGAUCCCCUCAAAGCACCGGGAUUCUGCCAAAGUUGAGAGAACAAGAUUGAGAUGCAGGACUGUUGGAUUUAGGCAAAAGUGGAUGGCAAUAACAGUCAUAAUUCUGGAGGUAAAGAACGUCGAGAAUAGAGGAUGACAGAUUGAUGAAAGGAGAGCUGACUUGGAGCUCCAGUUUUGGCCAAACUAUAUAUUUUUUUUUAACAAGGUUACAGUUUGGAUUCUUGAAUGCAAUGCACGAUCGCCCCGGGAACAAAAUAUUGUCCAACAAUACCCAUGCAAAGAUUUUUAAUACAAGAAAUCAAGUUUUGCAACACCUUUGCAUCUACUCUGAAGUCUGAACUGUGAAAUUUAAAGGACCCUAGGUAGCCGACGGAGUAACCGAAAUGAAUUUAAAAGACUUAACACCCGGUGUCCAGAGGCGGGGGACUAGUUUAAGACUUCUACUAUUGGUGUUCAUUACCACCGUGAUAGAUUGGGUCGGUGGGAUCCCAACGUGGAAGACAGAGGGAGCAGAUGUGAUCUCCCAAAAGCCACUUAUAGAGACCUUCACGUCUGUGCAUCCUCAGUCAGGAGUGACAAUGAGCCGGUCCAAACGCUAUGCCAUCAACCCUUUAGGCCACAAAUGGGAGCACUUUAACAUCACCUACAAAAUCACCAAGUUCCCCAACACCCUGAACAAAGAUGACACCCGUAAAGCAAUCAGCAUUGCAUUCACCAAGUGGAGUGAUGUGUCCCCUCUCUCUUUCAAUGAAAUCACAAACCCCAACAAGAGCGCUGACAUCAUUAUUGGCUUCUACACCUUUAACCACACAGACUGCUGGUGGUCUCCACUGCACCCAUGCUUUGAUGGGCUGAAUGGGGAACUUGCACAUGCCUUCCUGCCACCCCGAGGAGAGAUCCACUUUGACAACCACGAGUUCUGGAUUCUGGGAAAGUCCCGCUUCAGCUGGAAACAAGGUGUGUGGUUGAAUGACCUGGUCCAGGUUGCAGCACAUGAGAUUGGCCAUGCUCUUGGUUUGUGGCACUCCCGUGAUCCCCAGGCCCUGAUGCACCCCAACGCCACCUAUACAGGCCAGAGGAACAUUGCCCAGGAUGACAUCUGGGGUAUCCAGCGGCUUUAUGGCUGCAUGGACAAGAGGCGUGUGUGUGAGCCAUGGGCUCGUCUUGGCUUCUGUGAGAGGAGGAAAAGCUUCAUGAAGAAACACUGUCCUCAGCGUUGUGAUCUCUGCUAUGAACCCCUGGAGGCAGUUACCACACCAACUACACCUCCGGCCAAUGUUAAGAUCAAGAUGGUUUCUCGUGGAAAGGUUGUGGGCUUUCGCUGUGGAACAAAGAAUCCUCGAUCGCCUCCCAAAGUCAGCUGGUACAAAGAUGGAGAGCAACUACUCACUUCCAUCCCUGGUUACAUCAUCAUGAAAGACCGCGAUCUCCGCAUCGUAGCCAAUGAGUUCAACGAGGGCAUUUACACCUGUCGAGUCCAUCGCAGUGGCAACAUUGUUUCAGCCAACUCUUGGGCCAUCCGUUUAAAACCAGAGCAGUCUUCCAACACUUGAGUUAUUUGACAGUAACAGGAUGAAGGAGGGGAAAAUUGAGUUGUGUUGCUGUAAAUUGUGUAGCAUGAGUAAAGUGAUGAUGAACCAACAGACAUGCCAACUAGGACUUUUCUCAAAGUUUCAACCUGUCUGCUGAAAGCACACAUCCUGUCCACUAUGGACCUCACAGAAAUAUUGUGAAAUUGUAAUGGAGAGUGGAUUGGAUACCGGAUUAACCUCAUUCUCUUGGCAUCACACCAAAGGGCUAAUGUUAUACACCCUUUAUAUUGUCUAAUGUUAUCCCCAUUUAUGUUUUUGUUAUGACACAUCUCACUGUAUAAGCCAACUGGUUUUAAAUAUGUCAGUUGGUAUUUCCAGGUCUUUUGUUAGUUAUGACUAAGUAAUUGUUGGUACAAUUUAUGAAGAUUUAAAUAAUUGAAGACAUAAUGCAGCUAACCUUCUGUAUAUUUUAUUACAAAGUUUUAUACCAUGUUAGUUUGUUUUGUAUGGAUUUUAGAAAAAGUUGCAAAUAUUUUCCAAGGUUAUUUGGUGGUAGGAAGAACUGUACAUUUUCACGUUUUUGCAACGCAAUACAAAAUUAAGCCUUUGAGUGCUA